GAGGCAGAAGAAAAGGAAGGUCCGUGGAUUUACACCGAAGCUUCCAGCUCCACGUCCACACCUCUGUAUGAACCUUCAAACCAAACUUUGAUUAGAAGAUCAACCUCUUGAAGCAGAUUAUUAUUUGAAUGGCAGCGAGUGUAGGAUUGGCUAUGAACCCGCCGCAUACCACAGAAGAAAGGGCGGUUUUCACUCAGCUCAAGCCGGUGAGGAUGUCGGGGGCGGACGGAGCCGAGGACGCGUCCGUGUUUGAGGACGUCAAACCCGCGACCCGACUAGAGCUGGACAAAUACCUCCCCCAGGUCAACACUUCUCUUCUGAGUCCCUCGACCGACGCCACCGAUAAGAAGUACCGACGGGAGAGCGCCUCGGUGGUGGACGAGUACUUCUCCGAGGACAAACCUUCUGCCCCCUACAGCCUCAACAUUAACGUCAUCCUGCCCAGCACCACUCACCUCCGCACAGGCCUCUACCGGCCCAACACUAAGACCCUCACACCCCAGCAGAUCAAGACAGAACCAGGGCUGGAGGUGCCCUGCUCCCUGCCCACCUCCACCCAAGCCCUGCCGGACUUCACCUCUGUCUUCAGCAUGCCGCCUGUCGUCAACAACGUUUUCAUAAAGCCAGACAUGAGCUCUGGAGGGGUGGUGAGCGUCGCCGGCGGCUCUCAGCAGCAAAAUCUGGACACAGAGCUCCACAUCGGCCCUCCGCCUCCCCAGCCGCAGGUCUACCACAUGCCCAUCACCAGCGGCGCCGACCUCACCAUGACGCUGACGCACAGCAGCCCGGCGGCUCAGGGUUCCACCAGGACCAUGCUGAACCUCGGCGGCGUCUCAAACAACGGCAGCUACAUGAUGGCGGAGCAGCAGCUGCAGCAGCACCACGGCUACUACCAGGCCUCUCCCAGCGGCGUCUCCCAGCACACGGCGCCCCACAGCCUGCCGCCGUCGCCCCCAAACUCCCAGCCGGGGAGCCCCGACGGCCAGGCGGAGCUGCUCAGCUUAGCGCCGCAGCCUCCACCGCCGUACCAGCAGCGUCUGGGAGGGAUCAAGCUGUCUUCUCACGCCAUGCUGAUGACGCACGGCCAGGGCGUCCUCACGGGACCCAAAUACAACCGGAGGAACAACCCCGAGCUGGAGAAGAGGAGGAUCCACUUCUGUGACUACCCAGGCUGCACCAAAGUUUACACAAAAAGCUCUCAUCUGAAGGCACACCAGAGGACACACACAGGUGAGAAACCGUACCGCUGCACGUGGGAAAGCUGCGACUGGCGUUUUGCCCGAUCAGACGAGCUCACCAGACACUACCGGAAGCACACCGGAGCCAAACCCUUCAAGUGCGUCGCCUGCAGCCGCUGCUUCUCGCGCUCGGACCACCUGGCUCUGCACAUGAAGCGCCACCAGAACUAACACCUUCACAUACCAACCAAGACGCAGUAACACUCCAGCAGAGCUUCCAUCAGAACACCACAGCAGAUACUAGAAUCAUCCCUGGUGUUUAUUCUGAGUGCUGAGAUCAUUUAGUUAUGAAUAACUGGGAAGCCAGUGAGGGAUCAUGUAGUCGUCGGUCAGGGUUUAUAUUCAGGAAAUGAAUCUGAGGGAUGUUCUCGUGGUGCAGAGAAGCUUAGAAAUGCCCACACAUCCGUUUGGUUUCACUUCUACAAUCAGAGAAAAUAGUUUGAUUCAGAAACUAACAAAACCAAACUUUUAGAUCCUCUCAAAGUUCUCUUUUCCUGGAUAAAACCGACCGUCUGCUAUCAGACCAGAGCUAAUGAUUUGCUAGAAACUCAGAGAUGAUUUUUGGCGUCUGUCGAUGUAUCUCGAUCUAAACCACGCACCCAGCGAGCAUCACGAGGACUCUGCUGUUCAGACUCCUACCAUGGAUUUGAGACUCCUUCUGAUUUAAAUCCUGGGGAAAAACAAACAUGAACUAUUUCUUUUCCUACGACUGUGCUGCCAGCGUCGCCUCUAUCAUCACCGUCUUUUAUCAUUCUGAGGGAUGAACUUUAAAAAGUGGAGGCAGAAACACCCUCCGUCCUGUAAAUACCUGUUAAUAUGUGUGCAUCUGUGCGUUUGAGAAUUCAACGAAUGUAUUGAAAUUUAUACUUGACAACUCGUUUUUUUGUUUGUUUUCACUGAAUGUUAAUAUGAGUAAUAUUCCACGUUGAAACUUCCUCCUCCCUCCAAGAAAAAAAAAAAAACACAGUUGACAUGGAAAAGUUAAUCAUCACCCAGUUCUGCCUGUUCCAGUGCAGGUAUUACCUGUCGACCUGCCAGUGUUUGUAUCCAUGACAUUAGCGGUUGCCACGGCGACCGGGCUCCUCUGACAACAGCCCGCGGUCUGCUUGUAGUCUCUAUUCAGCGCUGUUAUUUUCUUAAUCUCCUUUUAUUUGUUCAACACUUCAGCUGAAGACACUCAGAGAUGGGUGGACGGCGCUGUUAUGUAAUCGGGUUGUCUGAUUGGUCUUAACGGGUGGCGUGGCGACAGCAGGUUAACGUUCACUCCAUUACAGGACAUAAAACUUCAGUUGCAGCUUCUGCAUUUUUUUUGUCACACAGUUUUAUAUGAUUGCCAACAACUGGCUUUAGAAGAAGGGAAAAAAAUGUUGCAUAAUACAAAAGCAAGGGCUGAUUUCCUGAACUGAAAGAGAUAUAAUCUGCAGAAACCGUUGCCAAGUAAUGGAUUGAGGACAAAAAAUGCUUUUACUGACUGAAUAUUUAAAGAAAUAUUCUCCCUGGUCAUGUUUUGCCUUAAAGGGAGCAACACUAAAAGUGGACAGAAACACAGCAUCACAUUUUCCUGCUAAUUUGUGAAUCUAGCUCACUCGUUCACAUUUAGCAUGCUGCUUCUCCACCAGGGGGAGCUGUUUGGCUCUUAUCAGACCAGUUCUAACACUUAAAGGACAGAAAUCCAGCAACAGCAGGACCGUAAAUAGGCGAAAAUGUUUUAACGCUGCCUCCCACAGGCAAAGAAAGUGAUUAAAAAUAUUGGGACACUUAAAACCGUGGUUUUCUCUUGUACUUUGUUUUACUUUUAAUGACUAAACAAAUAAAGAUUGAGGCUAUAAAUCAGCAAACGAACAUUAAUUUAUGAUUUAUCUCCUCCUUUAGGUUGUUUUUAGGCAACAGUUUUGACGUUCUACCAGCAGGUGGCACAAUUCAGCGUUGAAAUUGAACAAACUGCUACUUCCUGCCUUCUGCUGCUGUUGCAUUUCUGGCCUUUAGGUGGCGACGGUUCGACAAGAACUGCUAGUCUGAUUCUUUCUGCUGCAGCUGGUGCUUUGUAGCAUCAAAACUGUGUCUUUGUUCUUUUAAAACCCCAAACUCUACGAGAACGUACUAAAACAUGGCAAUCUGAAACAGAUGGCGGAACAUUUAGACCUUCACUGGAGAAGUUUUUUUAAAAGUCUGGGUUUGAUUUUUACCGUGGAGGUUAGAGAAAUCACGACGCAUCGAUUGGCCAAUGUCUCUCCAAUAAGUGGAAGCACAUCCUGUUAUUUCAACACUACCAAAAAGUUUAGUCCCAAGGAAGCGAGUUCUCAAGUCUCUCUAGGAGGAGCCGACCACCCACUGUGUACAGAACUAGUUUCAACAGAAGACUCUGUAAAUAUCUCUUUAGUUUUAUUUCCUGUUAUAAUAUUAAUAUUGUUUUGUUUUUUUCCUUUUUUAACUAAUGGGAUUUUAGAUCGGUUGUAAUUUUGUUUUGAUACUUCAUGUGUGUAAGAGAAUUAUCAGAUUGUUUAUGUACAAAUUAAUAAGAACAACGGUUUAUUUUUUUGUUUUCUGUUUGUGCUGCAACGAUGCUACAAUGAAAUAAUAAAAAUAUUCUUAAAAUAAUACUAGA